CGCGAUUGAGAACAUAGUAAUGAAGCGUUUGUCAAUCUGAGUGAGGAAACAGCAUGCGGAGGGAUGAGAAGAGUGUCUUUACAACGCAUUGUUGUUCCAGUUUUUACAUUCUUCUGUGGCAUUCUAUUUUCCUCUCUCUUCAAUCAAAAUCAGAUUUCUGAGAGUUCGUCUGUAUCCGAGAUUAAACAUGAAUCUCUCAGAGGAGAAGAGGAGGGCAAUGUUGAUCUUCUUAUCCUCAUUGUAUCUGCCCCGUUCAACACAGAGAAGCGGGCAGCGGUCAGGGAGACCUGGCUUUCACACAGAUUGGACUUGUCGGCUAGUAUCAGUCUAAAAGGCGAACAUUGUACAUUAACAAAUUCUACUAAAAAUCAUUCAGAGGCUGAGAAGGUUGAAUACGAGGACUUGAUAUUCCUGGAUAUGAAGGAAGAGUAUUCUAGUCUAGCAGAUAAGGUUCUAAGAAUGUUUGAGGUUGCCGCGGAAAGUUAUGAAUUUGAUUUUGUGAUGAAGGUUGAUGAUGAUACCUUUAUCAAUCCCUAUCUUUUAGAUAAUGAGCUUAAGAAACCUAUGUACAAGAACCCUUUACUGUACUGGGGAUUCUUUGAUGGACGUGCUCCAGUUCUAAAACAGGGAAAAUGGGCUGAAGUGAGUUACGACCUGUGUGACCGAUAUAUACCCUAUGCCCUGGGUGGAGGAUAUGGGUUGGGCUGGAGACUGGUUAAACAUAUUGCUAGAUCUGCUGACAUGUUAAAACUGUACAAGAACGAAGAUGUAAGUGUUGGUACAUGGCUGGCUGGUGUACAAGUUACCAGGGUACAUGAUGAAAGGUUUGAUACAGAAUGGCAGAGUCGAGGUUGUUUGAACAACUUCCUGGUAAUGCAGAAUAGAAAUCCUGAUGAAAUGCGGGAACUUUGGAGUAGAAUAUCCGGCGGGAAACAGCUGUGUAAACAGGAAAAGGUGGUCAGAAAAUCCUACGCGUAUAACUGGGAACUACCACCCUCACAGUGCUGUGUCCGCUAGUUGUCUUUGUCCUACUUUGAACGUCCUGCUGAACUGAAGUGUGAAUUGACGUCAUAAAACACUUGUUAUCUGAACCAGAAGUCCUGCAAUAAAAUGUCCUCCUGUCCUGGUGCUUACUUGUACAAAAGUUCUAUUCUAUGAAUUUUUAAAAUCUUUUAUUUUUCAUAUGACUCAUGUAGAAUGAAUGUUUUUUCUUAUGUACACUUCAGGGUUUGUUGUGCUUUUCAGAAAUUGUAUAUUUAUUUAUUAAUGAAAAACGUUUAAUAUUUUCAG